AUGACCUUGUUCUUUGAGCAGAUUUCAGAUACAUUCAGACAAGCCUCAUGGACACAUUUUGGGACACAUUAUUCAAGACCGUUAUUUGAGGUUACAAAGGCUUGCCAGACGUGGCCAUUGGUAGAAAAGAGAACAUGUUGGCACGGUCAUGCAGGCGGAGGACUCCACACAGACCCAAAGGAAGGGCUAAAAGAUGUAGAUACCCAGAAAAUACUGAAAGUAAUGCUUUCCUAUGUAUGGCCAAAGGAUAGACCUGAUCUACGAGUUCGUGUUGCCAUUUCUCUAGGCUUAUUAGCAAGUGCAAAGGCCAUGAAUAUAGUAGUUCCCUUCAUGUUUAAAUAUGCAGUCGACAACCUCAACCAGAUGUCAGGAGACAUGUUAAACUUGAGUGAUGCACCAAAUACAGUUGCAACCAUGGCAACAGCAGUUCUGAUUGGCUAUGGUGUAUCAAGAGCUGGAGCUGCUCUUUUUAAUGAAGUUCGAAAUGCAGUGUUUGGUAAAGUGGCCCAAAAUUCCAUCCGCAGAAUCGCCAGAAACGUCUUUCUCCACCUUCACAACCUGGACCUGGGUUUCCACCUAAGCAGGCAGACAGGAGCUCUGUCAAAGGCUAUUGACAGAGGAACAAGGGGUAUCAGCUUUGUCCUGAGCGCUUUAGUAUUUAAUCUUCUUCCCAUCAUGUUUGAAGUGACCCUUGUCAGUGGUAUUUUGUAUUACAAAUGUGGUGCCCAGUUUGCACUUGUCACCUUGGGAACAUUGAGUGCAUACACAGCUUACACAAUUGCAGUCACACGUUGGAGGACUAAAUUUAGAAUAGAAAUGAACAAGGCAGAUAAUGAUGCAGGUAAUGCUGCUAUAGACUCUCUGCUGAACUAUGAAACUGUGAAGUAUUUUAAUAAUGAAAAGUAUGAAGCGCAGAGAUAUGAUGGAUUCUUGAAGUCUUACGAGGCUGCCUCACUGAAGAGCACUUCUACCCUGGCUAUGCUCAACUUUGGACAAAAUGCUAUUUUCAGUGUUGGCCUAACAACAAUAAUGGUUCUUGCCAGUCAGGGAAUUGUGGCAGGGACCCUUACUGUUGGAGAUCUUGUAAUGGUGAAUGGGCUGCUUUUUCAGCUUUCACUGCCUCUGAAUUUUCUGGGAACUGUGUACCGAGAGACUAGACAAGCACUCAUUGAUAUGAACACUCUGUUUACACUACUCAAGGUAGACACACAAAUUAAAGACAAAGAGAUGGCACUUCCCCUUCAGAUUACACCACAGACAGCUUCGGUGGCUUUUGAUAAUGUACAUUUUGAAUACAUUACCGGUCAGAAAGUCUUGAAUGGAGUAUCAUUUGAAGUCCCUGCAGGAAAGAAAGUGGCCAUUGUAGGAGGUAGUGGGUCAGGCAAAAGCACAAUAGUGAGAUUACUAUUUCGCUUUUUCGAGCCCCAGAAUGGUAAAAUUUAUAUUGCUGGUCAGAAUAUACAAGAUGUCAGCCUGGAGAGCCUAAGAAAAUCUGUGGGAGUGGUGCCUCAGGAUGCCGUUCUCUUCCAUAACACCAUCUAUUACAAUCUUUUGUAUGGAAACAUGAAUGCUUCAGCUGAGGAGGUCUAUGCAGUAGCAAAAUUGGCUGGAAUACAUGAUGCUAUUCUUCGGAUGCCUCAUGGAUAUAACACUCAAGUUGGGGAACGAGGGCUCAAGCUUUCUGGAGGAGAAAAGCAGCGAGUAGCGAUCGCCAGAGCCAUUUUGAAGAACCCCCCUAUCAUUCUCUAUGAUGAAGCUACUUCAUCAUUAGACUCAAUUACUGAAGAGAACAUCCUCAGUGCCAUGAGGGACAUGGUGAAACACAGAACAUCUAUUUUCAUUGCACACAGAUUAUCGACAGUGAUUGAUGCAGAUGAAAUCAUUGUCCUGGAUCAGGGUAAAAUAGCUGAGCGAGGUACCCACAGUAGUCUCCUCACCAGGCCUGGGAGCAUCUAUUCAGAGAUGUGGCAUGCCCAAAGCAGCCCUAUGUCAAAUAGUAGCAGUUCCAAAUGGGAAGCGAAGAGACAGCAGACAUCCAAAGAGGAGGAAAGGAAGAAACUCCAAGAAGAAAUUAUCAACAGUGUCAAAGGCUGUGGAAACUGCUCCUGUUAAACUCUGCAAGGCAUUGUAAUUGUUCCUUUAAAAACAAACAAAAAACUUCAAGUGACACGUUUGCACUGAAGCAGAAUUCCUCAGUUAUUUAAACACAAAAGCAGAAAAUCUCACAUUCCCCUGUUCUAAAAUUCUUUUCUGAGGUAUCAGUUCUUUGGCCAAAGUAUUUUCUUUCUCCAUAUUUCUCAAUCUGUCACUGUAUUCUUCCUCUCUCUGUACCCCCCCCCC